CGUUCUUUGCGCGAGCCUUACGCCAGACUCAUUUCGCUCAUUCGUGAUCCAAAAUGAUCCCAUCCUGAUUGGCUAAGAUCAGAACAGCACCGCCGACGAUGAAUGAUCUCUUUAACUCAGAGUGCUAUUGAACGUAACAUAUUCCGGUUGAUCUCGUAUAACAAUAUAAUGAGCUUGUCAAUUUCAAGGCCGAACAAUUGUGCCUUCGUCAUUUAAAUGCCCUUUGUUUUCCUCAAGAGCUUUCCACCAUGUCUAACCGUGUUGUUAAAUCCAAAGGGGGACAGUCCAAGAAAACUCAAGAUCGCCACUCUCUCUACGAAUACAUUUGUCUCAACGGUGUUGAGAUGCCGGCAUGUUCUCGUUGUCGUGAGAAGAGUCUUGCUUGCAAGCUGUCCGACAAAUCAGAGCGCUGCGGCGAAUGUGUCCGCGCAGGGGUUACUUGCGAUGCUGACGGGUUCUCUGCUAUAGCCUUAUCUCGGAUUUCUCGGGAGAAGUCACGCCUGGAGUCUGAAGAGGAGGCUGCGUGGGACGAGAUGGUUACAUUACAAGCAAAACUUGCUCGGCUGAGAAAGCAGAAGCGCUUGUUGGAGCGGAGGGGUGUCGAGAUGGUUCGUCGUGGAUUGGAGAACUUGGAUGAGCUGGAAAAGGAGGAUCGUCGCGCCGAGGGAGGCAGGCUAGCCAUGGGACCCACCCAAGCCGGAGAACAAGAUUUCGUUUGGGAUUUCUCACAGAUCACGGACCUAGAUGUCUCAGGCCCCUACAGCGCAGGACAUGAACAGCAGGGAAUGGGCCACAGUCUCGAGUACUUCGGAGAUGUCGCGCAGCUUCGCAUUGAGCACGGCGCAGGAUAGGAUGGAAUGGGGAGAUUGGCUUUGUACUAGGAUUUUGUUCGGUUUCCAGUCAUAAAUUUUUACUUUAGUAGUCUUUCAUUGGUUGUUGAUGGCUAUGGGACUCUUGCCUUUGGUCAGGUCAUAGUAGGUAUGAUGCGGGCGGUUGCGAAAAGGUAAGGCAGUUGGAGAGAGGUAUGAGGAGGGUCGAGGUGGUUGCAAAGGGAAGGGCCCCUUUAGCGCGACGUCAAGUCCGACUAUUAGUGCG